UAUCCCCAGGAUUUUAUCCUUUUCGCAGUGUUUUCAACCUGAAGUUUUAUUUAUUACCCAAAUAAGAAAUGGAAAGAUCAACUUUCAGUGAGAAAAUCGAGGCAUACUUUUCGGAGUUAGGGCGAUGGAAAGUAUGGCGAAGUAUAUUCUUGGGUCAAGUGUUGUCAAUACUGAUGAGUGCAAAAUGUAUUCUGACGACGAUACUGCAGAGCGCGACCUGGCAGUUUCCUACGACGGCCCAGCUUGUUAUUCCUUAUUUAGCACUUUUUGUUUUAUUCGUCCCUACAUUGCUAUGUAACGGAGUAACAAAAUUGUCCAAAAAAUGGUGUAUAGUCAUAAUUGCGUGCACACUGGACGUAGAAGCAAGCUGGCUACUCGUUCUCUCGCAACGUUUCACAUCUGUACUAAGCUGACAGCUGCUUGCAUGUUCUGGAGUGGGUGCAGCGCUAGUUGGUGGCGCAUGGCGCGGCCGCAGGCUUGGGGCUGCCCAUGUGGCCGGCGCCACUCUGGGGCUAAUGGCUAUUGUGUGUGUGGUGUGGGCUGAUGUUGAGGGAGCCCCUACUGACGGUAAAAACCAGCUAGUCGGUGAUAUGCUCUGCCUCGCUGGAUCCCUUCUCUUCGCUCUAGUGACCGUUCUUCAAGAGAUGAUGCUUCAAGUCCAAUCCUGCCCCGAAUACCUAGCCCUCCUAGGCCUCAUCGGUAGCAUAGUAUCUUGCACGCAAACCUUCUUCCUUGAAUUGAGCGAUCUGAUUACUUUCAACUGGUACGAGUUGGAAACACUCGUUCAGCUCGGGAGUUACUGCUCGGUGCAGACAAUAUUUCAGAUAUUGCAAAGUUUUAUGCUGAGGGAUGCCGGAGCGAUAAUAUUGCAUCUCUCGUUUUUGUCGUCGGAUUAUUAUACGCUUAUUGCUGGGAUGUUUAUCUUUCAGUUUAAGUUCCACGCGCUAUACUUCCUGUCGUACCUACUCGCAAUGGUAGGUGUGUUCCUGUUCAGUUCCCGUCGAACAACGCCAGGCGAGGCGGUACAACUACCACAAGUUGUACACGAUGCUGUGCAGUCGCAGGAUAACGUGUCUAUGGACUACACAGUACCAAGCCUGGACUGCAUCCCUAUCGAGGGCUUGGAACCUCCCAUGUCACGAGACACCACCUUCACUUCGUUCCUCGGAGCGCCCAAUGGACACUCGCAGCCCUAUACCAAUGGGAAAGAUGUCUGUUAAACUGGCAAUAAGAGUAAAUCUCAUUCUCAAGGAAAACUUAACAGUAAGUCCUACCAUCAGAGUGGCGUACAAUCCAGCAGACACUCUUACCUGUCCCACGGAGAAAUGUACUUACUCAAUGGUCACAAGCAGUCAUACUAAUCUUCUUAUUUGUUAGGGACUAAGUAAGGCUUCAUAACGCCUUAUGUGUCACUGCGACCAUUUCUGACCUAUUGUGAUCUUUCUUCUUCUUCUUUGACAAGACUUCUUCAACAGUCAUACUAACAGGAAAGAUGUCUGCUAAAAUGGUACACAGCUCAAUGGAUAAUCCAACGAAAAACCCUAACUAUAAGCCCUACCAGAUUAAUGUACACAGACGACGUAAAGUCAGAUGCAGGGAGAGGAGACCUCUGCAAACAAAUUUCUAUAAAUCCCUAAUUAUCCAGUAGUCACCAACCCAAAGAUCCCCGCUCACUCCGCUUACAGAAAACUCUCAAUAAUGCCUGCUGCAAUACAGAUUUUUACGUCGAUUUAUUUUUUGGCUACAUUACCUAUCUUAUAAAUUUUAAUAACACCAUACUUUAAACCUUAUUUCUUUGUCGAAAGGCCUAAUUUUAAACUGUUACAAGGAUUCCGUUUAGAGUUGGGAUCUGGAUUUCUCACAAAAUUUGUAUUGUACAGUUACUAUUUUCUUUUCUUUUCUUUCUGACCAAUUAUGAGUGCUCCAACUUUGGCCAAGCAUUAAAACAUUUUGUACAGUCAACCACACAGCUGUGAAUACCAAGUGCCAAAAAUGUGUCUACACACCUUAAUGGACAGGUAAUAAUGCUCUGUAUACAUAUUUUUGGCACUUUGUCUGAAUUCACAGCUUCGUUGUUGACUGUACCUUGUAGACUUAUCAUAACAUAGAAAUUAGCUAACUAAAAAAUACUUGGCCAAAAUUGACCACCUACUUAAAAACCGAAGUUGAAAGUUCAUUACAUUUGCAAGUAAAGAAUUUAUUUUCAUAAUUAUAAAAGAUUUUUUGCAUAGUAUACCUACGCUGUACCUAACAUUAUGAAAUGUGAUUUAAAAGAAGUAAAUAAGAAUUAGGAAAUGAUUGAAUGCGCAGACGUUACAACAUAAAAAUGUAGUAGUAGUCAUAUAUGAUUUAUGUUAUGCAUUAUUAUAUGUAAUAAUAGGUAAAUCCUAUCAGAACUACUCACCCUUGGAAUUUUAAAACAAAUAGGUACUGUCAAUUGUUUAGCUAGCAUGAUGUCAGACGUAAACAUUGCUUUGAUAUUGUAAAUCAGUAUUAUAUACAGUAGAUUCGGAAUUUAUAGAAAAUAAGCGCCUCUAGCGCGUGGGGUUUUCUAAGGAUUAGAGUUCCGAUAAAAACCGAGGUAAUAAUGGUAUGUGGUUGGAAAUUUCAUGCAAUUUAGAACCUUGGGUUUUUAUAAAAGAAGCCGGGUCCACACACAGCGAGGUACGUCACGAGGCAAUGUGCUUGCGCGGCAAACGUCCAGCUUAGACGUGUCCCGGCCGAGGCAGCACGCAUCUUUGCUCGGCUGAGCGACCUGCCUUGAACGAGGCAGAUUGAACAUUUGCCGCGCGAGCACAUUGCCUCGCAGCGUGCUCGCCCUGUGUGGACCCAGCUAAUCACUUUUGUUUAAAUCAAAACUUUGCCUACACAAUGAGAGGCAGAUAUCUAUGCUCAAUAAUUGUAACAAAUUAACUCAAACAUUAUGAAUAAUAUUAACAUAUUCAGUGUACAAAAUCAUUCAAUAAUUAACAUUCGUCAUUGUGAUAGUUGCCGUGCGGUAGCGUAAUUUAAACACGAAUAUAACCAUUUAAUUAUUACACGAUACACUAUCAUCACUUAUAUAAAGCUAAUAGCGUUAAUAGCAUACUUAUUCUGUAGAUAGAGGUAAUAUAAAGUCAACCGGGGUAUUUGCGUUUGA